CAGAUUGACAAGGACAUUGGUAGGACCUUUCCUGCUAACCCCCUCUUUCGCAAAGUUACUCAGGACUCGGAUCCUCCAAGGGGUCCAGGAGAAGCAGGUCAGACGGUAGGACAAGAUGGGCCCCUUCUUCGACCCCUUCGCAGGGUGCUCUGUGCUUACAGCUUGCGCAACCCGAGGAUAGGGUACUGUCAGUCGAUGAACUUCAUAGUGGGGACGCUGCUCAUGGUGAUGGAGGAGGAGGACGCCUUUUGGAUUCUCAGUUGCAUCGUGGAAGACUACCUACCAGAUUACUACACUGAGGACAUGCAUGGUCUGCGUGUGGACCUGCUCGUUCUGCAGAACCUCGUUGUGGAGACGUUUCCUAAGGUCCACAGGAAACUUCAGGAGCUGGAGCUUCCUCUGGAGAUUCCUGCGACGAGAUGGUUCCUGAGCUUGUUCACCGUGGUCUUUGACCAGAGUAUGAUCCUCAAGAUCCUCGACAAGCUCUUCUCUUCAAACAGCGGCUGUCUCUUCCGAGUAUCCAUGGCCUUCAUCAGCAAGGUUCAGAAGCGGCUGCUUGCAUGU